AUGCAAGAUAAUCAGGGAAGCACGGCUCUUCACAUCGCUGCUUAUUGUAAUCAUCGGAGUGUUAUGUCAAUGAUUAUAAAAUACUAUCCAGAUUGUUCAGAGAUUGUGGACAACAAAGGCUGGAAUGCUCUUCAUUAUGCUGUAAAUGGGUACAGUUACCGUGCAACAGAGAAAAUCUUGCGCAACUUAUCGCUCAGCAACCUUUACAAUGAGAAAGAUUUUGAUGGAAACACACCCCUCCAUCACAUGGCGAGUUCCAGGUGCAGCACUUGGAAAUUAGUACGUCACCGCAGAGUCGACAUACGGGCCAUAAACAAACAAGAUCAAACGGCUCUAGAUGUCGUGUUCGGUCUAGAAGAUUCCGAUAAAGCAAGGGAAAAACAGUUAUUCAUAAGGAUAUUAAAAAGGGAUGGAGCUAAGACAAAUCAGCGACUAGAUCUAAAAUGGAAGGAACCGACGGAAGAGAGUCGCAAGUUAGAGUUUGCUCCGGAAGCAAAGCAAGCACAUCUAAUAGUGGCGACACUCAUUGCAACGGUGAGUUUCGCAGCUGGGUUUACCCUACCCGGAGGUACAAUACCAGAUGGCGAGCAUAAGGGUAGCCCUGUUUUGAGACACAACGCCUCUUUCAAAGCAUUCAUGCUAUCAAACACGAUAUCUCUGGUUCUGUCAGCUUCUGCAGCUUUAAUACACCUUUUCUCGCCACUGAAUAAUGCCGUGUGGACAGAUCAAUAUCUCUCCGCAGUAGCCUUCUCAUUCACUUUGGUUUCAGUAGCAACAAUGAUUGUCGCAUUCGCCACAGGCGCGUAUGCUGUGUUGGGAUCAUCGGCAAUUGGUAAUGCAGUUAUCGUCAUUGCAUUGUCCUACUUCCUUGUCUUCAGGCAUGUGCUAAAAGAGAGAUUCGGAUACAACUUUCGCCUUCAAUUUACAGCAAGUGUAGUGGCGUCGCUGCUGGCUUUUUUCAAUAGACUAAUCAGGUCCAACUUGUACUUUUAA